ACAGCAUCCGAUCCCCUGGGUGGAAGGACUGUUGUUUUUUUUUUGUCUUUGAGCAGAGGCCAAGAACCAAACCGACAAAUCAAGAUGGGAAGGAUCCUAAUUGGAAUCAUUGCAGCUGUUGCAUCUUUCAUGCUGGUGGAUACUCUGUCAUGCAACAAGUGCAGCUACGGUCUGGUGGGUUUCUGCCUCAGUACCUCUGAGGAGACCUGCUCAACCAACACCAGCGUCUGCUUUACUGGGAAAAUAAAUUUCAUUUCACUAUCCAGUGUGGGCUUCAACACCCAAGGGUGCAGGGAGCCUUCUGGCUGCAACGCCACCACCAAUGGCACCCUGUUGGGUGUCACCUACGAGCAAAAAAUCGACUGUUGCUCAACAGACAAGUGCAACCCCGUCCAGACUAGCGGCGCCCCAUCCACCAAGAUGACCCUCACUGCCGCCAUUGGUGUAGCCGUCCUGGCCUCCGUGUGGGGAAGCAUUCUGUAAUCUGUAAUCUGAAAUCCAUUUGUACUAUGAUCAGUUACACCAAGCGGGAUCUUUACAACAUCAGAAACACUAUCCAAAAUAAACCUUUUGGACCUUAUGAGUUUAUAAGAAUGUUUAUCUAUAUAUUCAUUUAAGUUUAAAACCUCAAACUAAUGUGUCCACAUCAUGGAAGUUGAUCAAUGGGAUGUUUCAGGGAAACAUUGAGCUCGUAAAUCUUCCAGGCUGUUGUUUUGCUUUGUAUUUUUUAAUCAUUUUUUAUUUAUCCUUUUAUCUUCUUUGUGUCAUAGUGGACAACACAAUGAUGUGAAAAUAAAAAAAAUCCUUGAAAAACA